CGUCAUUUAUCUGUCAAAUGCCUGAAAUUUAUUUGUUUUGAAUUUUGAUUUUAAAAUGCAAAAACAACGACGUGAAAACUGAAAAAUUUAAGUUAAUUUGAAGAUCGUGUUAAGAUAAGAUUUAGAGGAAUUAAGUUUCGUUAUACGUGUUACGUGGUAUUAUACAACGGCCUCAAAAUGGGCGAGGCUUAUUUCAAUUUAAAAAGAAAACUCCAGGAACUUGGUUAUAAUAGUACAUUAUCAGUAGACUCAAUACCUUUGGUAGAAUGUAUUUUUGCUGAUUUGCUUCAAACAACGCGAAGCUUGCAGCAUUACAUGGACCUGUCCAAAGAGGCUCUAAUGCAACGAGACUCUUUGAUGAUGGAAGCAGAACCUUAUAAGUGUGACAAUGUUAGACUUAUACAAGAAAAUAAUCAGCUACAUAGAGAGAUAAUGCAAAUGAAAGAAGAAAACCUAAGAAUAAGCAAAGAGAGUAAGAGAAAAACUAAGGCAUUAGCUGAUGAGCUUUCAAAAAAGGAAACAUUAAUUAGUAAAUUACAACAUGAUAUAAGAGACUUGAGCUUAAGAGGGUUGUGUGCAGAAACACAAAGUAGCAGAAAUAAGAGUAGAAGAAAAGAGGGAGGUGACUGUCAUACUUCAAAGAUUUGUAUUUGUAAUGACAAAACUACUUCUGUUGACCAAGAUAUCUUGGAACUUAACAAAAUAAUUCAGACCUUACAAGAUAAUAACACUGCAUACUGUGAUGAGGUUGCAUUACUUAAAAGUCAAAUAGAAUUUAGAGACAGUGAAAUUAUUAGACUGAAUAUGCUUUUAGAAGGAGGAAGGCCUUUGGCAGCCAUUAGUAAGGACUUUUAUAAUGAAAAGUCCGAUUCAAAAAUACCAAAACUAAUAAAACAAGUAAACGAACUUGAAAAACUAAAUGAAAUUAUGAAAAAAGAAAUUGAAAAUGGACUAGAAAAGCAGCAUGAAGCUAUGCUUCGGGCUUUGGCUUUAUCUGAUAAGAAUAAAGCUUUACAGGAAGAGUUACAAAAAGUAGACAAAUUAGCUUUAAAAGUAGAAGAUGACUGUAAUAAACGGUUAGCAUCUAUGGUUACUGAAAUAAAUUUUCUGCAAACUAGAAUAGAGGGGUUAACUUUAAAAAAUUCUGAAUUAGAAAGAGAAUUAUCACAAAGGUCUUUUAGAGAGAGCUCAUUAGAAUUGAAAAGAAAUCAAGAUUCAUUAACUCUAGCAUUAAAAGAGAAAGAUGUUUUACAAAAAGAAAUUAAAGAUUUAGUUGAACUUAAUAAAAGUUUACAAGAUAAAAUACUUAGCUUGUCUGAAGUCAAUAGAAAUUUCAACAUUAAAUUUAGAUCUGAUAAUGAGAUUCUUAAAGAUUCUCCCAAAUGUCUUAUGAAAGAUGAACUGAAGAGUCUUUUAGAAGAUGAAAGAAAAAAAUAUGAGGCAUAUAUAUUGAAUAUACAGGAUAAAUUAAGUGAAACAAUAAAACUUUUUAAAAAUAGUACAAAUAAUAAUGAUAAGGGAAAAUAUAUUAGUCCUAGUAUGUCUUCUAACAGCACUUUUAUUAGGGAUUUGCAUUCUAAGUUAUGUGAGAGUGAACAAAAGAUUCUAAUGUUAAAAAAAGAAAAUGAUGAACUAAAAGACAAAAUGGACAUCCAACAAGACUAUAAUAGACAAAAUUACAAAGAUAUAGUAAGCCAUCUUAAUGCUGAAAACUCUGAAUUAUCAAAGGAAAAUAUCUUGCUUAGUCAACAAUUGAGUCAAUACAAGUCUUUAAACUCAAAUGAUAGAAGUAACUCUUAUAAACGAGAAUCUCAAAGACUUACUGAGAAAGUCGAAGAUAUGACAAAAGAAAUACAGGUACUAAAAAAAGAUAAACAUGAAUAUAACUUACUGUACAAAGAAGCAACAGAAUUGGCAGAUAAGUUAAAAAGAGAUUUAAUUCGUAAACAAAAAGAAAUCGAGAAUUUGGAUGAAGAAAAUCGCUCUUAUAAAAUGACUAACAGGACUGGAAAAGCUUCUGCAGACCAGCUUAGAGAAGAAUGUCAUUUUCUAAAAGAACAAAUUAAAAAACUUCAAACAGAUUAUAUCAAUGAAAAAACUUUAGCCAAUCAAAUAAAAAAUGUACAGUUAGAAACUGAACGUAGUAGUGCUGAGGUACAAAAUGAAUUCUUGGCCACUCAAAAAAAACUAAGUUUAUCAAUAAAUACUAUACAAAGUUUAGAAAAGAAAUGUAAAGACUUGCAAUCAGAAGUAUUGAAACUAAAAAACGAUAAAUUAAAUCUAAUAGAUAAUAUUAAGGUAAUGGACAAAGAACGCGACAAAUUAGUUAUUGAAUUAGACAACAAAACUGAAAAUAUUGCUGUUUUAGAAAAUACCAUUAAAUCACAGUCAUAUAAUAUUAAACAGCUUGAAAAUGAAAUCUCUGAUUUAAAGAGAACACUUACUUUGAAUAAAGUUACUGAACACAAAGUUGUUGAUUGUGAAUCACAAAUUAAAUUCCUAAAUGGUGAAAUACUAAGAAUAAGUCAACAAUAUGACACAGCUGUAAUAGAAAAUAAACACUUACAAAAUAGUUUAGCUGAUUCUAAUGGUGUAUUAAAGCUUACAAAAAUUGAAUUGGAGAAAUCUAGGAAAGAUGUAGAUGGUCUGAAACAGCAAUUACAGCAUUAUGUAGCAGAGAUCCGAAGAAUUGAAGAUCUGCUAUCCCAAAAAGAAGCUGAAAGAUCUGAUAUGCUUGAACAGUUUGCUAGUCUAUCUGUAGAAGCAAAUAUUUUAGAGAAUACUAAUCAUUCCUUAGAAAGCGAAUCAGCAUCUAAAUCAUUACAGUUGCAGACAUAUGUUAACAAAAUACAAAAUUUGGAAGAAAAGCUACUAGACAAGAAUAGCAAAAUUGAAAGUCAAUCAACACAAAUUUCAGCUAUGUCAUGUAAAAUAAGCCAGUUAGAAAAUGAAAUUAAGUUAAUUACUGAGGAAAAAUCUGUUCUGGAGCAAAAUGUAUCAUAUUUAAAACAAAUGUGCAGUAAUCUGCAAGCAAAUAAAAGUUCUGGUAGCAUGAGGAACAGUGAUUCAGAAUUAAAACUUUAUGAAGACAGAAUUAAAACUCUUUCAAGUGCUAAAGCUAAAUUGGAAACAGAAAAAGAAAAACUAAAAGAUAAUCUAAUGACAACAGAAACUUUAUUAUCAAAUGCAAGAAGGGAAGUAGUAGAGUUGAAAUUGGCAUUACAAGAUGCCACAACUGAAACAAAGUCCUUACAAGAACAUAUUAGAUUAAAUACACAGAAUGAAGACAUUGAAGAGAAUAUCUUGUCACAGGAGAAAUUGGAACUUCCUCUCAUUUUAGGAGAAACAAUUGAAGAAUUAAGCCAUGAAGAUGACGACAGUGACCAUUACCACGAGCACAGACAACACUCAAAAUAUACAUACAGUAGUACACUUUGAUUGGGGUUGUGCAGUAAAUUAGUAUUUCAUAAAAAUUGUGUUAUGUUAAGAAUAUUUUAAUAGAGAUAACAAUUUUAGCAAUAAGAAUUUUAGCAUCUAUCCUGCGAUAGCUAGCUAUCAUAUAAGAAGGCUGACAGUUUGUAAGUCUAUUUUCUAUAGUUGUAGAACUAUAGAAAAUAGACUAUACGUAUAUAUGGUAGCCAAUUGGCAGUUAUAGAGUUUGAACUGUAGUGGCUUUCAAAAGUUCAGGCAGAUUUCAAGCCAGCCUAUUUACUAAUUAGGUCUUUAUUAAAAACCUAUUAAAAUAAACAUCAACUCUUAAACUGAGAAAUGUCAUUUAACUACUGUAUGAUAUCUACAAAGGGUGGUAAGUUGGCACCAGAUGACAUUUGUUACACAAAAUAUCAACUAACAUGCGUCAAAGUUAGUGAAUUAGCCUGCAGAUCUUCCAAUAAAACAAUGCAGAAUAUGCAAGCAUUGUAAGCAUUGUAAUUUUUAAUGACAGUUUUGUUUAUUUAUUUAGACACAAAACUAAAGUAUAUUCACAGAUCUAAAAUUAGAACUACCUUUUCCAACAUUUCUUGUAGAAAAAAGAUAAUGUUUACUAAAACCAUAAUUGUGAACCAAAUUAGCACCAUAACUCAAGGUGAGUGACCUUAGAAAAUGGAAAGUUAUAUAAUAAUAAAAGGUAAACAAAGUAUAUGUAUUUUGUUAAAAUAUGGAUUAGUGGUUAAUGUGUAACUAAAGUAAUUUAUUUAUUGGAAUUAAAUAAUAAAAGGAAUCAAUUUUUAUAUUAAAA